AUGGUGGUGGAGCCUUUGAUCUGUGCCUUGACCGAGACCACGAAUAAGAAUGCAAGCAAGCAAGCCGUGCCUGGAAAGGGAAGCCCGCGGAGUGCGUCAGAGUCUCCCCCAGCAAAGCCGGAGAAGACUCCUGACCUGGCCACGAAAGCUACGAGCGGAGAUCAAGGACUCAUGCCCCAUUCCACGACCACCAGAUCGUCGGUGACCGAAGGAUUCGUCAAAAAGAUUGUCGACGAUGCAGUCUCGUGGGCUGAGGAGAAAUUCGAAAAAUUGAGUGUGGAGCAAGGGCAAGGCGUUGGACCCUACGCCUCACCAGCGACCUGCGCUCCAAGCGACUUGGAUCCGAUCGCGAGUGGGGUCUUGCCCGCGAUGCCAGGCCAUAAUGUUUGCAAAGACGCCACAGGGAAAGGUUCGGGUAAAUACAAUAACAAAGGGAGGGACGGCAUGGAGGAGAAGGGUAAUGGGAAAUAA